ACUCAAGGACUCAGUAGCCUGAGAGCUGCAUUGCAAUUCAGAAGAUGGAGAAUUUUCUCUCUCUGAUGAAUAGCAUUAUUGAUCCAUGGAUGAGCAACAGCUCCAUGGACAUAGCAAUGGACAUGACCAUUGGCUUUAUGUGUGGAGUUGGGCUCUUUUUCCUACUUAUCCCCUUCCUGAAGGAGUACCCAGUGUCACCAGCAUCUGAGAAUGAAUGGGACAAACCACAGGAUGUGAAGAGGUGGCAGAGGAAGACCAGUAAGAAAACUGCUACUGGAAAAGGUUGUACAGAUUCAGGAAAAAAAUGCAGAAGAGACGAAGACACCAUCACAACCUAUGGAAAUCCCCAAUAAGCAACAUUACAACAAUCAUAGUCGAUUUUUCUGGGGUACAUACUCUAUUAACUCUGAAUCAGUUGUGGCUACUGUCCAUGAGCUCAGAAGCUCUUCCUUGGAAAACAUAAAUCUGUGAGCUUUAUUGAUGCCAGUGGCCUGACGAAGCUCCAUCCCAGGCUAAAGGACUUCCACAGCAUUCCCAGUAUCAGCCAUUACCUCACCACCAUGUGACACCAAACUUGGUAGAUGAGAAACAAAUCCAAGAAAAGAAAAUCCUCACAAGAUCUACCCCAAAAUAAACACCUCUUUGUUUC